UAACUAGCAUUUUAAAAUCAGAAGAGACAGUGUAAGACCUGUGGGCGCAGCCAGGGCAGUGGGAGGACCUUGUUCGGACUUGAGGAAGGAGGACCCUCGGAAGCUUAAGAUGGUUUUCUGGUUGUGCUCAGAGAUGUCAUUGGGAAGGGAGCUAGGUCCCGUCCUGCUGCUCUUGUGGUCUAAAUGGGCAUUCCCAAAUGUGAGGCAAUGUCACACGUGCUGUCUGACACACACCUCAGUCACGUGACAUUACAGCAGAGGUAUAGGGUGUUUUUUUCACUGUUGGUGGCUGAAGCAAAGAGGAUUUGUUUUUUUCGAGACAGUGGUUUUGUUUUGUUUUGUUUUUUGUUUUGCUUUGUUUUGCGAGACAGGGUUUCUCUGUGUAGUUUUGCGCCUUUCCUGGAACUCGCUUUGGAGACUAGGCUGGCCUCGAACUCAGAGAUCCACCUGCCUCUGCCUCCCGAGUGCUGGGAUUAAAGGCGUGCGCCACCACUGCCCGGCUUCAAAGAGGAUGUGUUAUGCCCAGAUUGGGACCCCAAAGAGACCACGGAAGACCAUAGGUGUCCAGAAUGCAACAGCAAGGUUUAUUCUGUAGAUACAAGUCUAGACAGGGAACUCAUUCCUGCACCCAAUACAGUGAAGCAGGGAGGAAUUGCUCUUUCUUUGUGAGGCUAGCUUUUUUGUUUGUUUGUUUGUUUGUUUGUCUUUCGAGACAGGGUUUCUCUGUGUAGCUUUGCGCCUUUCCUGGAACUCACUUGGUAGCCCAGGCUGGCCUCGAACUCAUAGAGAUCCGCCUGUCUCUGCCUCCCGAGUGCUGGGAUUAAAGGCGUGUGCCACCACUGCCCGGCUUAGCUUUUUUUUCUUUCUUUCUUUCUUCACAGGGGAGAGCGCUAACGCAGUCCCCCACUACCACAAAUUAUGCAGUCGAGUUUCCCGCAUUUGGGGAAAUCGCAGGGGUCAGCACAUCCGAAGUGCAAUGGAUAAGCCGAGGCUAGCUUUUUAAAGACUCCCAGGACCUGGACCUGGCCAUUCUUGACUUGGUAAUGGGACAACUAGAUGCCAGCAGGAUCCGAGAGAACCUUCGAGAACUCUCCAAGGAGCCACAUGUGGCCUCCAGCGCUCGGGAUGAGGCCCUGGUGCAUCUGCUGCUGGAACGCUGGCAGGAUACUGAGACUGGCUUGGACUCAGCCAAGACCUAUGAGUAUAAGGUCCUGCUCUCCUUCCCCAGCCCGGAGCAACCGAACAUUGUGGAAGUCGUGGGCCCCAAUGGAAUGGUCUUCCACUCCUUCCAACCCGGAGAGAAAAAUCUGACUGGGGAGCAGGUGGGGCCCAAUGUGUUGCAACCUUAUGCUGCCUACGCACCCCCUGGGGCCCCAAAGGGCCUCCUCGUCUAUGCCAACCAAGGCUCCGAAGAGGACUUCAAGGAGCUAGAGACUCGGGGCAUCAACCUUGAAGGCACCAUUGCCCUGACUCGCUAUGGGGGUGUGGGGCGUGGAGCCAAGGCCAUUAAUGCUGCCAAACACGGAGUGGUCGGAGUGCUGGUGUACACAGACCCUGGCGAUAUCAAUGAUGGGAAGAGCUUGCCCACCGAGACCUUCCCCAACUCCUGGGGGCUGCCUCCCUCUGGUGUGGAGAGAGGCUCCUACUAUGAGUAUUUUGGGGACCCUCUGACUCCCUACCUUCCAGCUCACCCUUCUACUUUCCGCCUGGAUCUUAACAACAUCUCGGGAUUUCCCCCAAUUCCUGCCCAGCCCAUUGGCUUUGAGGAUGCAAAAGACCUGCUCUGUAACCUCACUGGAGCCUCUGCCCCAGAUUCCUGGCAGGGAAAGUUGGGCUGUGACUAUAAGCUGGGGCCCGGCUUCAAGCAGGACGGGAGCUUCCCAGCACACAGUGAGGUGAAAGUGAGUGUCCACAACACUCUGGAGCUGAGACCCUCCUCCAACGUCCUGGGCAUCAUCCAGGGGGCUGUGGAACCUGAUCGUUAUGUGAUCUAUGGAAACCAUCGGGACAGCUGGGUACAUGGAGCGGUGGAUCCCAGCAGCGGCACUGCUGUUCUCCUGGAGAUCUCCCGAGUCCUGGGGACCUUGCUAAAGAAGGGCACCUGGCGACCCCGCAGAUCCAUCAUCUUCGCCAGCUGGGGGGCAGAGGAAUUCGGGCUCAUUGGCUCUACGGAAUUCACAGAGGAGUUCCUCAGCAAGCUGCAGGAGCGCACAGUGGCCUACAUCAAUGUGGACAUCUCCGUGUUCGGUAGGGGAGGUUCUGCCAGCCGAGGUGGGCUGGAAAAGGGAGGAGCUGGGUCUGAACAGGUCUCCUUGAUUCCUCCCACAGCCAAUGCUACCCUCAGGGCACAGGGGACGCCCCCUGUACAAAGCGUGAUCUUUUCUGCCACCAAAGAGAUCAGUGCACCAGGUCCCAGCAGCCUCAGUAUCUAUGACAACUGGCUCCGAUAUACCAACCGCAGCAGUCCAGUGUAUGGCCUGGUCCCCAGCCUGGGUACACUGGGUGCAGGCAGUGACUAUGCCUCAUUCAUCCACUUCCUGGGCAUCUCUUCCAUGGACCUUGCCUACACCUAUGACAAGGGCAAGACCUCAGCCAGGAUCUACCCCACCUACCACACGGCUUUUGACACGUUUGAUUACAUGGAGAAGUUUCUGGACCCUGGUUUCAGCAGCCACCAAGCUGUGGCCCGGACUGCUGGGAGUGUGCUUCUGCGGCUCAGUGACAGCCUCUUCUUGCCCCUCAAUGUCAGUGAUUACAGUGAGACACUACACAGCUUCCUGGAGGCUGCCCAAAUGGGUCUUGGCACCCUAUUAGAGCAGCAUAAUAUCAGCCUGGGUCCCCUGGUGACUGCAGUGGAGAAGUUUAAGACAGCAGCUGCAGCCUUGGUCCACCGCAUCUCAGCACUGCAGAAGAACAGCCCUAAUCCCUUGCAGGUACGGAUGGUCAAUGACCAGCUAAUGCUCUUGGAACGGGCAUUCCUGAACCCAAGGGCUUUCCCAGAGAACCGAUACUAUAGUCACGUGCUCUGGGCACCCAACACAGCCUCUGCUGCCACAUUCCCAGGUCUGGCCAAUGCUUGUGCUAGAGCACAGGACGCCAACUCAGGAUCUGAAGCAUGGGCUGAAGUACAGAGGCAGCUGAGCAUUGUAGUAAUGGCCCUGGAGGGUGCAGCAGCCACCCUGGAACCUGUGGAUGACCUCUGACCCUAGCCCUAUCUCUUGGGCUUUUCCUUUAUCUUGCGUCUCACACCUGUUUCUCUGGGAUAUGUCCCAGUCUUUGCUGAGGAUAGGGGCAGAUUAAACCAGGAAACUCUCUCAAGCUUUUGAGGCAACAGCUGGGGAUCCUUGCAGUUAAAAACACCUGCUCAUGGUAGUGGGUGAAACUUGGGCCUAAAGUAGAGUGUAAAGGCCAUUGCCCAACCGUGCUUCUUCUUGCCCUGCUCUUCAAUGUUCUAUCUCCCCUCUUAACUCUCAAAUAAAUGAAGUCUAACAAGUUCCUGUAAAACAA